CUGAGUUUAUUCCUUAUGACGUUCCCAUCCUGAGCUGUGAUGGCGGUGAUGGCGGCGGUGGUGGUGGUUGCUCAUUUCUAGGGUCAUGUGUUUCUGUUUUGAUGGAGCAUUUUGAUGAGAAAAAAAGUGGACUGAUAGUGUUUGAGGCAGCUGUGGAAGUAAACACUGGCUGAAGAUGAAUAGAGUGGAAGUGGAGGAGAGCAUCAUGUCGUACCUGUCCCAGAGUGAGACUGACACCAGCCCCAAAGACUUGAAUGUAGUGGCCAUGCUCCAUAACUUCUGGGAGCAGAGGCAGACGGAUCAGUUUAACGGUUCCUCCAGUGAAUCAGAUGGUUCUGUCGGGGACGCAGCCGUCCAGACUGACAGCUUGCUUCUGUACGAGUCUGCUCCGUCCCCUGGUCCUCCAUACAUCUGCUAUGUCACCCUGCCUGGAGGGAGCUGCUUUGGUAACUAUAAGGUGUGUGACACUCAGGCAGAGGCUCGGAGGGAUGCAGCUCGCGUGGCCCUGAUGAACUCACUAGUGAACGAGCUGCCGUGUCGACGCAUCAACCCUCAGUUCAUCACUCAGAGUUUGCAGCAGGCGUCCACAGACAGUGCUGUCUCUGUAGAAGACGCUUGUGAUUCAAGCACCAGUAUAGGAACCUACAGUCUGCUACUCCACUCCUACAUAGGAAGGACCAUGCUGGAGUUCCAGGAGAUGAUGACAAUUUUCCAGUUGUUGCAGUGGAACGGGACACUGAAGGCUCUGAGGGAAAAGCAGUGCUCUCGACAGAGUGUGAUUUCCUAUUACUCUCAGCGAGGACUUGACGAGUGUAUGCGCAGCAGCAUGGCUCUGGAUUGGCUCGGGCGGGAGCAGAGGUCACCGGGGCGACUCGGGGAGGAGCUGCAGGUGGCGCAGAGGGAGCUGGUGUUGGCUCGCCGUCGAGGCGUAGAGCUGCGCUACAACAAGGAAAAGACAGAGAUCCUCAGCUUGGCUCUGAGUCAAGCAUACAUUCACCACACACCUGAGGCCUUCAGCGAGGCACCGGGUCACACGUACAAGCACGAACAACUUCCUUUACACACAUUAUACAGCCAGGACACAGAAGUCCAGAUAACCCCACCAUGCAGUCCCUCACCAACCCACCAUAAAAACACAAAGCAAACAGUCUGUCAAACCUCUGGCAAAUACAUGCCCCCUAACACUCCUUCACCGUGCUCACAGCAGAAUUAUGUGCCUUUAAAUGACUUUUAGACUGAAGCAGAAGGAAGAGGAUGGAAUAAAGUUGUCAUUUGACUGCGAACGAGCUAAAACUGCCACAGAACAUAUCAUGCAUAGUGAUGGUCUUAAGAGAGUUACAAAUAUUGUGUUAAAUUGUGUAGUAAUAAUGUUCUAACCUUAUUAACACACUUUUGUGACUAUAGAACUUAGAUAUGUAUGUAGCCUAAUGUAUUUACAACUUUAACCACAGGAAACACAGCAUUCAAACUAUUUAAAUCUAUUUGCAGGAAAUAUAGUUGAACUGUAGCAGUGACCAUCUAUUAUUGUGCAAAGAGCACUCUACUGCCUUUGCUUUUAUACAUUUUCAAUUAUGUUGUCUCUUUGAUAAGUAUACCAUCAUACACAAUGUCUCUUGUAACUUAAAUACAGGAGAUAUAGCCUAUAAAUUGCCUCAUCUACCAGCAGCUCAGUACUUCUCCAUGCAUCACUCUUCCUUUCUCCUCCUCUGUCUAGCAUGUCAUCUGGUGUGUCAACUUCCUAAACGGAAAUUACUCACCAGGGCGAUUCAGGAUGCUGACUGACUUUGUGACAUGGUGCAUGACGUGUUGGUUGGAUGCCAUGACAGAGAGUCUGUUGUGAUUGUGACACAUUUAUUUGAUAAUGUCAAAGAGCGGUUGGAUUUAAAAUACAAUCUGGUUUGUAAGGAGAUUCGUAUCAACUGAAGCUAUAAUAAUAAGAACCAGGACUUACUAUAUUCCUCAUGAUGAAAUGCAAACUGACUUAGUGUAUUUGAUCAUCUUUGGAUUGUUUGGGCAGAGGGAGUGAAUGCAUUUUAAAGGGAAAAUGUUUUUUUUUUAACAAGUGUAAUAUGAAUUUGUAAAUAAAUAUUUUUCUGUGACUAA